CCUCUGAAAGAAGCACUUUAUAGAUAGCAAGUAGAGUGGUUCCAUAUAUGUUGCCAUCUAUCUAGAAAGUCAAUGUGGGUGGCGCUCCGAGGGCCCCGCGCCCAGCCGUCGGACGCCGGCCUCGACCGCGGGCUGGCAAGAAGUUUGAUAGCUGCGGGGCUGGGUAUUGCAGCUUUUGGCUUUGCAGGUCGCUACGCAUUUCAGAUCUGGAAACCUCUAGGACAAGCAAUCACAGAAACUGCGAAGAUUUCAACUCCUAGCUUUUCACCCUACUAUGGAGGAGGAUUUGAACAGAAAAUGAGUAGGCGAGAAGCAAGUCUCAUUUUGGGUGUAAGCCCAUCUGCCAGCAAGGCCAAGAUUAGAGCAGCUCACAGGGGAAUCAUGAUUUUGAAUCACCCAGAUAAAGGUGGAUCUCCUUACUUAGCAACCAAAAUUAAUGAAGCAAAAGACUUGCUAGAAGCAACCACCAAACACUGA